CCUGGCCCUGACCCCCCUGUCCUCAGAGAGCCAGCGUGCCUAUCGAUUCGUGCAAGGCAAGGACUGGGGCUUCAAGAAAUUCAUCAGGAGAGAUUUCCUGCUGGAUGAGGCCAACGGACUCCUUCCAGAUGACAAACUCACUCUGUUCUGUGAGGUGAGUGUGGUGCAGGACUCAGUGAACAUCUCUGGCCAGAACACCAUGAACAUGGUGAAGGUGCCCGAGUGCCGCCUGGCCGACGAGCUGGGCGGGCUCUGGGAGAACUCGCGGUUCACGGACUGCUGCCUCUGCGUGGCAGGCCAGGAGUUCAAGGGGCACAAAGCCAUCCUGGCAGCGCGUUCCCCAGUGUUCAGCGCCAUGUUUGAGCACGAGAUGGAGGAGAGUAAAAAGAAUCGGGUUGAAAUCAAUGAUGUGGAGCCGGAAGUUUUUAAGGAAAUGAUGUGUUUUAUUUAUACUGGGAAGGCUCCAAAUCUUGACAAAAUGGCUGAUGACUUGCUGGCAGCUGCUGACAAGUACACCCUGGUGUGACAGUGUCUGUGUGACAG